AUGGAGACGAGCUUGGAUGACUCCGAGGCGUCGGACGGCUCGACCACGCAGGAGGACUCUGACACCGACGUGGAGACGGAGUCCAGCAGCUCCAGCGUAGAGGAACAGGACACGGGAUAUGGCGUCCACGUCCCACUCAUGGAACAAGUGACCUGUGCGGUGGCCAGGGAGAACAACGCUUCGGAGACGAAGAGUUCUGAUAGGAUGGAUUCAGUAGCUGUAUCAACACUUGUGCUGGCUUCAGGUGCAGCCAUGUUACCUCAUCCUUCAAAGGUGCACACAGGUGGUGAAGAUGCUUAUUUCAUAGCUUGCGGCGGCUGGUUUGGUGUAGCAGAUGGAGUUGGUCAGUGGUCAUUUGAAGGAAUCAAUGCGGGGUUGUAUGCGAGAGAGUUAAUGGAUAGUUCCAAAAAAAUUGUUACGGAGAAUCAAGGGGCACCAGGGAUGAGAACCGAGGAAGUUCUUGCUAUGGCGACAGUUGAAGCACGGUCCCCUGGCUCUUCAACUAUCUUGGUUGCUCACUUUGAUGGGCAGGUCCUUCAUGUAUCUAAUAUUGGCGAUUCCGGGUUACUGGUGAUAAGAAAUGGACAAGUAUAUACACAAACAAAGCCGAUGACAUACGGUUUCAAUUUCCCGUUGCAAAUUGAAAAUGGCGUCGAUCCUUCAAGACUUGUACAGAAUUACGCUAUCGAUCUACAAGAAGGUGAUACCAUCAUAACAGCGUCAGAUGGUCUGUUCGACAACGUCUACGACCAUGAGGUGGCAGACAUUGUCUCAAAAUCUCUAGAAGCCGACCGCAAGCCUACGGAGAUUGCCGACCUCCUGGCUGCUAGAGCAAAGGAAGUGGGCAGGUCCGGGUCCGGGAGGAGCCCGUUCUCGGAUGCGGCGCUCGCAGAAGGGUACCUGGGUUACUCCGGGGGCAAGUUGGAUGAUGUAACAGUUGUCGUGUCCAUUGUUCGGAAAUCUGAACUAUAG